AUGGAUUGCGAACGUUCUCCAGAUAUCCAGAUAUCGCACAUAGUUAAAGUUUGUGAACUAAAACCAUCACAAUCGAUAACUGUUUAUUUAUCUUCGGAAUAUAACAGAAAGAUUCCAGAUUUUCUUCAUGUUAAUAUGAUUAUCGAAGAAGAUAUACGAAUACAGACAGACAGUGACAGUUCGUCGAUAGCAACAGUCAUUAGUGAUACUGAUUAUCAUGAUCUUAGAACAACUGAUCUGGAUCGUAUUGAACGAAUUUGGAUAGAGAGACUGCAGCAGAAUCCUAGUUUAUUUAAUGGAACAAAAUUCAGAGUUCAUCACGUGACUAGUACAGAUGACGGUGACCGUGUGAUCAUGUAUCUGGGAAUUACAGAUUAUAAAGAGUAUUUAGGUACAAACUGGGCACCAAAUGUAAAAAAUUUGCAACAAAAAGGCAUUGAGAUACACGGAAACUCACAAGCGUUUUUAUCAGAUGCCUUGGGUGUGGGAGCUAGUGUUGUAACUGAAGACAACUUCCUUGUGUUAUUAUGGCGAAGUAAACAUUGUGCUGAGGCACCAUCUAUGUGGGAUGUUCCUGGAGGUCAUGCAGAACCAAAGAAACUUGUUGGUAAUAAACUUCUGAAAGAGAUUGAUGUGUCAUCAAUGGACAGAAGUGCAGUUGUUGAUGAGAUUUUCGAUUCCAUUGUACAGGAGGUGAUAGAUGAAGUGAACAUACCACGUAGGUAUUUAGAGAAACCAUUGUACAUGGGAACUCAUCGUAAUAACACAAGUGCUGGAAGACCAAGUUUGGCAUUUUAUAUCAGAUGCUGCAUUUCAAGUGAAGAUGUUAGAGUUCUAUACAAGCAAGGCAAUCAGCAGGAAGCAGAUGAGUCAACUAACAUUACAUUUGUUCCCUUGAAUGAGGUUGCAUCUUUAGAUACACAAAAUAAAGACCUAUGGAACCAUUUGGCACCAUCAGCCAAAGGAAACUUGACAAUCUUUUCAGUUGUUCAUGGUUUUAAAAAACCAUAA